CGAAAAGGAAGAUCAAACUAAUAUUAUUUAGCAGGUUGUUCUAGUCAGCGGCAAGAGCAUGAGCACAGUUACAGUUAGUGUGAAUUGCAGCAUCUCAACGUUGAAGCCAUCUUUUGCUUCUUCUUUACGCUUUCGUCGCCGCUCAUUUCCGCUCCUUUCUCCUCGUUCCGCUCUCUGCUUCUCUGGCCUGUCAGAGACUAUGGAUUGCGGUGGUGGUGGUCCAUGCGUGUUUCCUUUGCACCGUUGCAAAACCAUUCACCUGGUCAGGCACGGACAGGGGAUCCACAAUGUGGAGGGAGAUAAGAACUACGACGCAUACAUGAAACCUGAAUAUUUUGAUGCUCAUAUUACGCCGUUAGGCUGGCAAGAGGUUGACAAUUUGCGAAAGCAUGUUCGUGAUUCUGGGAUUAUGAAGAAGAUUGAUCUAGUCAUAGUAUCUCCUUUACUGAGGACACUACAAACUGCUGUUGGAGUGUUUGGAGGUGGUGAGGGUUACACAGAUAGAACAGAUGUGCUACCUCUUAUGGUGGAAAAUGCAGGAAACAGCAAUCGUGCUGCAAUUUCGAGUCUGAAUUGCCCUCCUAUUGUUGCUGUUGAACUUUGUCGGGAACGUCUGGGGGUUCAUCCCUGCGACAAAAGAAGAAGCAUCAGCGAGUAUCAAUCUCUCUUUCCUGCAAUUGAUUUUUCACUGAUCGACAGUAAUGAGGAUACUUGGUGGAAGACCGAUGUUAGAGAGACAAAAGAAGAAAUUGCAUCUAGAGGGCUGAAGUUCAUGAACUGGUUGGGGACAAGAAAAGAGAAGGAGAUAGCAAUUGUGACGCACAGAGCAUUUUUGUUUCACACUCUGAGUGCUUUUGGAAAUUACAGCCAUCACUUGGAGAAGAAGGAAUUAUCAAAGCUCUUUGCCAACUGUGAGCUUCGCUCUGUAGUCAUUGUUGAUGGUGUGACAGGAUAGGAUGCCCUGACCACAGCAAUUCAGGCAAGAGACCUUCAGGAUGCUUAAAAGGUUAUGUAGAAAUUUAUGUAUUUUAUAUUUCAUAAAUCAUGAUUAAAAUUGCUUAUGGAAUACUUGUCCAACCAACUCAUUCUUAAAUGAAUCUUGAGUUAUGACAAUUGACUGUGACGUGGAAUGUAUAUGUUCGCUUGUGAUUAUAAAUA